CAUCCGUCUAAAGAAAAGGUAGCACACAUCGAAUGUAAGCAUGCGAAAUCACAGCAGUGCAGGGCAUAUUGGCACUUGUCACACUCUUGAAGUAGCGUGCAGGUUUUCUUAUACAACAUAAAUUUUUUGAAGUCUCAAUAACACCACCACGUCGAUCUCUCUCUUCUUCUCCCUCUCUAAACCCAAAAUGAGGGCUCCCUCUGCAACUGAGAAGUUCACAGCCCUUACCUUAGCCCUUCUCGCAGUGAUGUCUCCCCUCUACAUCGACCGAAGGCCUCGGUUCGAUCCAGACGAAGAGGAUGAAGACGGUUCCCUCUCUGUGUUGCUUCCCUUGGUGCUCAUACUCUUGAUUGUUGCGAUCAAUGUAACCUGCUUCUUUGAUCGCAGAUUUGUGCGGUUUGAUCCGUACUGGAUUCAUAGAGUGGGAGGUUCCUCGUUUGGAAUUGUUGCCCUUCUCUUUGUUCUUGGUUUCGUGUUGAAGUUCAAGGCUUCUCUCAGGAGUUGAUGAUAUGCGUUGGGUUUGAAAUUGUGAGGAAAAGUUUCAUGUACUUGAUUUUGGUGUUCCUGUGUCUUUCUUUCUUUCUUUUUUUUUCCUUUAUAAUAUUAUUACAAGUUAAUUUCAA